AAAUCCAGCAGGGAUAGGGCUAUGGGAAAAGCCAGGCUGAGUGAAAGUAAACUCCGAGCAUUUGACAUAGGGAAUAUGUCACUAGGAACAAAAACUCUCUCUAAAAGGGAGCAGGAAGAACUGAAAAGAAAGGAAGAUGAGGCAGCAACGGCAGCAGUGUAUGAACAAUUUGUGGCAUCUUUUGAGGAUGCAGACAAGCUUAACAAAGCCUGGGUGAAAGGAGGUGUAGUCAACCCAGAGAAAAAAACUGAAGAUAAAGGUGGAGGAAGUCGCCUGUAUAAACCCACAUCAAAACUAGCACAACUGGCGUCAACAUUUUCUUCAGUUAAAGACAUAAAAAAGGAGGAAGAAAGACAAGAAAAGAGAGAAGAGAAAAUCAGAUUGAGUGUUUUGAAAAAGAAGAAAGACGAAAAGAAAAAGAGCAAUUUGGAGCUAUUUAAAGAGGAGCUGAAAUCAAUUCAGGAGCAGAGAGAAGAGCGUCAUGCUCUGAAACGUGCUCGUGGGGAGAUGGUUGAUGAUAUCGAGCUUCUGCCCCCCAGCAUAAGAGGAAAUGAAUACGACCUGGGAGGCAGCUUUCCAAAAGCAGCAGGAGAACCAGGUGAUGAGAACACCACCAACAUUUACGUUGGAAACAUCAACCCUAAAAUGACAGAAAAAGAACUUUGUGAGAUUUUUGGCAAGUAUGGCCCUCUUGCUAGCGUGAAGAUAAUGUGGCCGCGGACAGACGAAGAGCGGUCACGUGGUAGAAACUGCGGGUUUGUGGCAUUCAUGAACAGGAAGGAUGGGGAGCGGGCUAUGACUGCGCUCAAGGGCAAAGAGAUCAACGGAUUCGACAUGAAACUUGGCUGGGGAAAAGCGGUGCCCAUUCCUCCACAUCCAGUCUACAUACCCCCUGCCCUAGCUGAGCUGACCCAGCCCCCUCCCCCGUCCGGCCUGCCAUUCAAUGCCCAGAUCAAGAGAAGAAAGGACAAAGAGUACUCAAGCGGCCAGCUCCACGUCUUGCCAGAAUCUCCGGAUGAGCUGGAGAAGACCUUAGCGAAUGCAGUUGUGAAAGUGGUAAUCCCUACAGAAAGACAACUUUUGGCGUUGAUUCAUCGCAUGGUGGAGUUUGUCGUCCGAGAAGGUCCCAUGUUUGAAGCUAUGAUCAUGAACAGGGAGUUGAAUAACCCUUUCUUCAGAUUCCUGUUUGAUAAUAAAAGUCCAGCCCACACUUACUACAGAUGGAAGCUGUAUUCCAUCCUGCAUGGGGAUACAGCAAUGAAAUGGAGGAUAGAUGAAUUCUAUAUGUUCAAGGGUGGUUCCAUUUGGCGACCCCCACCUAUCAACCCAUUCACACAAGGCAUGCCAGAUGAUCUGGUGAACAGAGAAGCCAACACAGAGUUUGAGGUUAUUUUGCGGAAAGGAAAACUUACAAACAGUCAAAGGGACCGGUUAGAAGACAUUUUGAGAGAAUUAACGCCAGAUAGGACAAAAAUAGCUGAGGCAAUGGUGUGGUGCUUGGACCACGCAGAGGCAGCAGAAGAGGUUGUUGAUUGUAUAGCCGAGUCCCUCAGCAUUAUACAGACACCGAUUCCUAAAAAGAUUGCUCGGCUGUUUCUGGUGUCAGAUAUAUUGUUCAACAGCAGUGCCAAGGUUCCCAAUGCAUCUUUUUUCAGAAAAUUUUUCCAGGCAAAGUUAAAGGAAAUUUUUAAAGACGUCAAUGAAUCAUAUGAGAAGAUUGAAGGCAGGUUGAAAGCUGAACAGUUUAAGCAAAAGGUGAUGAACUGCUUCCGGGCCUGGGAAGAUUGGGCAGUGUACCCCAAUGAUUUCCUGAUCAACUUGCAGAAUAUCUUUCUGGGCCUGGUUUUGCCUGUCAAGCAGCCAGAGGAGUCACCAGAACACAAGGAGGACAAGCCAGUGGACAUUGAUGGAGCUCCCUUGGAAGAUGUUGAUGGCUUUCCUCUAUCUGAGAGUGCCAAACCAGAACCUGACAUUGACGGAGAGGAACUGAAGAGUGUCAACGGUCUACCUUUGAGCGAACCAGACAUUGAUGGUGAGCCAUUGCAACCUAUAAAGAAGCCACCAGCACCAGCUGGCCCACAGCCAACAUUCAUCCGCUCCAAAUGGGAGGAGGUAGAUGAGACAGAGUUGCAGGCACAGGCAAUGACAACAUCAAAAUGGGAGAUGCUAGAAGACCCGGAUGAUGGAAAUAAUGAAGAGGCUGGAGAAGACAUUGACGGAUUGCCUUUUGAAGAAGGGAAACAGUCGAAUCAGCAGUCCGAGGAAAGUGAAGGCAGCCAACCAGAAUCUCCUAACACGUCAAGGUCGUCAACGAAGGAAGACAGUGCAUAUAAUCUAAAACUGAGCCUCAUGUCUGAGGAGAGAAGACAAAAACUUCGAGAAAUUGAGGUGAAAGUAGUAAAGUAUCAAGAUGAGCUGGAGGUAGGGAAGCGUUCUAGAAAGUCUGGCAUGAGCAUGCAGGAGCAGGUGGAAUAUUAUAGAAGAAAGCUGCACAAUAAGCUUUCGGACAUGUUCGAUUCACCUCUGCGGGACAGAGACAGAGGCGACAGCUCAGGAGGCUCCAGAAAGCGACAUCGCUCUAGGUCCAGUUCUCCCGUCAGACGAGGAAGGUCAUCGGAAAGAAGUAGCACUCCCAAAAGAAAAAAGAAAGAUAAAGAUAGAAGCCCUAAAAGAUCUAGGCGGUCAAGGUCCAGAUCACGGUCACCACGAAGAACCUCUAGGAGCCCAGGGAGAGAGAGAAAACACAAGUCUCGGAAACAUAGGGAUUGA